UAUAAAUCAUUUUCGAUUCGUUUGCUUGACGUUCAUGGACGUGUUUCCGCACACAGCAUUUGAAUUGGUUUCGCAAUAGAAAAAUUUGCGUGUUUUCUAUCUGGAUGCAACAAUAAAUUGUCAGUGUCUCCCUUUAUACUUUUGCAAUACAAAAUUCUCAGUGGAAGAUUAACAAAAUCUGAACAUAGAUUUCAGUUUGGCAGCUCUUCAAGUAAAAUAGCAAACACAACCAUGUUGUUAAAAGUACCAUCUGUUGACUGGACGGAUCAAAUAGUUUAUGUGGUGGACGACGACGAAUCACUGUCUGACUUUGACGAUGAGCCAGAUUUCUCAGAAUAUAUGUGGAUGGAGAACGAGGAGGAAUUCGACAAGAACGAAUUGCAACGUCUUGAAGAGGAAGAUAUCAUGCAAGAGUGUUUCGAAGCCAUGAUCGAGGAUGAGCUCGAGGAACAAAUAAAUGAAUGGGAAAAAGCCAAAACGGAAGAACAAAAUACGGCUUUAUCUGCGCUACCAAAGAGUCAAUGUAAUAUUGAGAAAUCUGUGCUAAAUCCCAUGGCUGACGAAUUCGUACCACUCUGCCAUCAAAUGGAUUUUAUAGCCUCAUGUGCAUCUGAAACGUAUCAUAGCAAGGAUAUUCCAACAUCCCAUGCAAGAACUCGAUUACCGUUUAUAUAUGAUAUUCACCUCCCUUGUCUAACCAAACAUUUAAAAACAAAAAAACACACAUAAAACCAGCUAAUUCCAGACAAGCAACUAUGUUGAAAAGUUGAAAAAAAAAAAAAAAAAAAAAAACAAACAAAUAUAAAACAUAAUUUGAUGAAAAUUACGCGCACAUACACACACGUUAUCAUAUGUAUAAUAACCAACUCAACCGAAAUGCAAACGAAUACCAUAAACAUAAAAAAAAAUAUAUAUAUAUAUACUGAAAAUCAUUAAAAAAAUAUAUAACUAUAUGUAUAUAUAUAUAUGCAUAGAAGAGUUGAAAAAGAAGUUAUCUUGACCCAUGACUACAAAAGUAACAUUACGAGCAGCAAAUUUCGCGUUUAAUAUGAGCCAAUUAUAUAUAUAGACGAGCCGUGCUUAAGCUAUUGAACAAAACUUUCGUAUAAACAUACAAAAAUGACUUUUUACACACGCUAACUGUGAAAACCCAUCUUGAUAUAUAAAUGUAAAAAUUUCCAGCUAAAGCAAAUGUAAACACUACAAGACUCGAUUGUAUUUGAAAACCAACCGUCAUUUCGAUUGAUUGAAAUUUAUGUUAAAGACGUUAAUUGUAAUUAAUUUAAUGCAAAUGCCCACUUCCUAGACUCGCUAUAAGUUUAAACAUUUCCUUCUUUUUUUUUUUUUUUUUUUUGCCACUAUUUUUAUUUUGUUCUCUCAUUUGAGUAAUUGUUAACUCGUUGUACGUUCUGUCUAUGUUACAAAAAGAAAGGAAAAGAAGCGACUUUACCUACUUUUGACUCGCAUACUAGUUAUCUGCAGCUGUAAAUAAGUAACUAAUGUUGGAAACGAAAAGAUAAACUAAUGCUAAAAUUAAUGAUAUAACUACGUACUAAUGUUAAAUGACUUCUCUUACAGUAUACAUAUUCACCUGUAUAUGUAUACCUAGUAUUAAAUGCGCUGCAAUACCAA